AAAUUAGUUCAAUAAGAUGUGUGUUUUCUUUAUCUGUAAAUAAAUGUAUGUGAUUUUUUUAAAAACAGUUUUUAGGUUCCAUCCAGGGGGCGCUCUCAUUUUACCGAACCACCAAUGAAGCCAUUUUUUUAUCCAACGAAGAAUAAACGCAGUCCCCGCUAACCAUUAGCUUAGCUGUGGCCAUUAUUUGCCUUAAAAUGGCCACAUUAUUCCCCGUUAGACCACCAUGUGAUAGCAAUCCCGCUACUCCCGGAGCGCAGUCCAUAAAGGAAGAUGUCAUUGAUGAGGUAUCUAAUGAUGGGAGCCAGCCACCAAAAAGGAGGAGAAUGGGUUCAGGCGACAGCUCUCGUAGCUGUGACACCUUCAGCCAAGAGCUUGGAGUUACUUAUUUCCCAGCAGAAAACUUAAUAGAGUACAAAUGGCCUCCUGAUGAUACAGGAGAAUAUUACAUGCUGCAAGAACAAAUCAGCGAGUAUUUGGGUGUCACAUCCUUCAAAAGGAAAUAUCCUGAUAUGGAGAGGAGAGACUUGUCUCACAAAGAAAAGCUCUACCUCCGUGAGCAAAACGUUAUCACUGAGACGCAGUGCACUCUGGGACUGACAGCUCUGCGGAGUGAUGAAGUGAUCGACUUGAUGAUAAAGGAGUAUCCAACCAAACACUCAGAGUACUCAGUGAUAUUGCAGGAAAAAGAGCGACAGAGAAUAGCUAAGGAGUAUUCUCAAAUGCAGCAGCAGAACCAUCAGAAAGUGGAGGCAAGCAAGGUUCCUGAGUACAUAAAGAAAGCUGCCAAAAAAGCUGCAGAAUUUAACAGCAUCUUCAACAGGGAGCGAAUGGAAGAGAGGAGAGCUUACUUCGACCUUCAGACCCAUGUUAUUCAGGUGCCUCAGGGAAGGUUCAAAGUUCUUGCUCCAGAACUAACCAGAACAGGACCCUAUCCUGUUGCUCUUAUUCCAGGACAAUUCCAAGAUUACUAUAAAAGGUACUCUCCCAAUGAGCUGCGCUACUUGCCAUUGAACACUGCUCUGUUUGAGCCUCCUCUGGAUCCAGAGCUCCCUGCUCUGGACUCUGAACCCGACUCGGACGAUGCUGACGAUGGCAAAGAUGACAAGAAGAGCAAGAACUCAUCUGACAGCUCUUCAGGCAACGCCUCUGACGUGGAGAGUCAGGAAGGUGGAGGUGGGCAGGGCAGCAAGUCUAAAAUGAAAGACAGGACGUCGACACCAGGCAAAGAUCAGCAGCAGUCUGCCCUCCUCAAAUCCUCCCAAGGGUACAAGCCUAAAGUCAUUCCCAAUGCUAUAUGUGGCAUUUGCCAGAAGGGUAAAGAGUCCAACAAGAAAGGCAGGCCUGAAGCUCUCAUUCACUGCUCCCAAUGUGAUAAUAGCGGUCACCCAUCCUGCUUGGACAUGAGCUCUGAGCUGGUGUCCGUGAUCCAGACGUAUCGCUGGCAGUGCAUGGAAUGCAAAACCUGCACCGUAUGCCAGCAGCCCCACCACGAGGACGAGAUGAUGUUCUGUGACAAGUGCGAUAGAGGAUACCACACUUUUUGUGUAGGCAUGGACUCCAUACCUACAGGUCUUUGGGUGUGUGAGGUUUGCGACAAGGAUUUUACACCCAAGAAGAAAGGAGUCAAAACACCUAAAAAGUCCAAGUCAGCUAAAAAAUGAUGAUCCGGUCAUUUAUUUAUUCCAAGACUGUUGUUGACGUAAGAUUAGCAUGAAGCUUUCAGUUUGACAAAAGAAAACAUGUAAAGAAAAAAAAGAAAAAAUCAACAGUCCACGAUGGAUUCUAGUUCUGCUGUCCACACUUUCAUUGUAACUUAUAAUAAUUUAAAAUCAACCAAUUCUCUUAUAAAAAAUUUAAAUAGCCAAAUACUUGCUGCAUAUUUUUCUGUGACCUCAAUGUACAAACAAAAGGAAUGUUUUUUUAGAAUAUAACUUUGAGUCAAUUUUUACUGCAGAAAACCAAUAACUUACCUUAUAAGGUUGUAAGCGGUUUUUCAGAACUUUAUUUCAGGUCAGAAAAUGGUGCUCUUCAUUAUGUACUACUGAAACUGUUUAAAACAGGACUUUCUUCGAACAACAUUUUGUAUGCUUAUGUGUUUUGUAACGUAUGAUCAUUUUUGAUAAUAUUCUGUGAAGUUUGCAUUAAAUAAAUGGUGUUUCUGAU